GCCAGUAGGGGCUUAAAAGGGAGUCGGGGUCCGCAAAAGAGCUCCAUCGGUGUGGGGACACGGAGCUGGUGGGAUCGCACCAUGGCCUGGGCCCCUCUUCUCCUCGUGGUGCUCGUCCACAGCUCAGGUUCCCUGGUCCAGGCAGCGCUGACUCAGCCGCCCUCGGUGUCAGCGAACCUGGGACAAACCGUCCAGAUCACCUGCUCUGGGGUUUACAGCAGCUACAGCAACAAUGCUGGGUGGUACCAGCAGAAGGUUCCUGGCACUGCCCCUGUCACUGUGAUCUAUAGCAGCAACAAGAGACCCUCGGACAUCCCUUCGCGAUUCUCUGGCUCCCAAUCAGGCUCCACGGCCACGUUAACCAUCACUGGGGUCCAAGCCGAGGACGAGGCUGUCUAUUACUGUGGUGGCUACGACGGCAGCAGCACUAAUGGUGUAUUCGGGGCCGGGACCCUGUUGACCGUCCUAGGCCAGCCCAAGGUCGCCCCCACCGUCACCCUGUUCCCGCCAUCCUCCGAGGAGCUCUCGACACAGAACAAAGCCACCCUGGUGUGUCUGCUGGGAGACUUCUACCCCGGCGCUGCGCAGGUGACCUGGACGGCUGACGGCAAUACCCUCAGCAGCGGCGUCGUGACCAGCCAGCCCCAGCGGCAGAGCAACAACCAGUACAUGGCCAGCAGCUACCUGACGCUGAGUGCCUCCGACUGGAAGAAGUACGAUAACUACGUCUGCAAGGUCACGCACGAGGCCGGCAAUGUGCAGAAGUCCCUGAGCAGAUCCACGUGCUAACCCCGCCGGGACCUCCCCGUGCCCGGCGGCCCCUCGCCGGCCCCCUCCCUCUUCCCCGCUGCUGGGGGCAGCGGCUCCACCCCACCGCGAAUGUCUCUCCCCAUGUCCCCCUGUUCCCUGCUCCUGUCCCCCCACCCUGAGUGUCACAUGAAUAAACACCGACACUGAACUAGC